GAUGUGGCGACAGUGUGUGACAGCAGAAAAGUUAAGGUGAAAGUGCACAUGUGCCUCAGUUGACUGAAGCAGAGACAGAUGGACACAUGGUAAGGACACAGUCUAGUGAUCUACACUUAUUCUUUAGCGUGUGUGAUGGUGUGGCUCAUUCGUUUGCUUUUUCAGGGGAAUUCAAAGCCUGAGGAUAAUUUUGGAAGACGACUGAUCAUGAGAUAUUACUUCAUUCUUUUGCUUUCCUCAACAAUAUUCUGCUCCUCGGAUGUGUCCUCUAAUGUGGAUGUUGUUCAGGAAGACGUAAAAGUAGUUCGAGCUGGAGAGGAUGUAAAUCUUACUUGCAGCUUUUCAAAGCUUCUGCAAUCAACAAGAGCAUGGUUUAAACGGACAUCCAAUGGAAAAUCCAUACAAAUUGUAUCUCUAUAUUUAAAUCAACAACCCAGCUGGAAUAAGGACUUUGAGAAAAUGAACCGUUUUAAUGUUUCCAAAGGAGAUGAUCAUUUUAAUCUGAUCAUUUUACAGACAAAGCCUUCAGACUCAGCAACAUAUUAUUGUGUCGUCGCAUCAUAUUACAGCAUUGGAAUGAGUGCAGGCACUAGAUUAUUUUUUAAAGCUGGACACACAUCUCUUCAGCAGUCUUUGAUAGACACGCUUCAUCCAGGGGAUUCUGUGAAUUUGCAGUGCAGCAUCUUCAGUGAGAGUUGUGGAGAAUACAGCGUCUACUGGUUCAGACAAAGCUUGGGAGACUCUCAAGGAGUCCUUUACACCAAAGGAGAGAGAAAUGGCCAGUGUAAGAACAGCAGUGAGUCUCAAACACAGAGCUGCGUCUACAAUCUCCUCAAGAGCAACAUCAGUGACUCUGAUGCUGGGAUUUACUACUGCGCUGUGGCCGCAUGUGGAGAGAUACUGUUUGGAAAAGGAACUCAACUCAAGUUUAGAGUAAGUGGUGAUUUGAAUCCAACUCUUCUUGCUCUUGGAAUUUCAAACAUUAUAUUUUUUGCUCUUGUUGUUUUUCUGGGAAUAAAACUAUUCAGGGGUCAGAAUAAAGUGCUCAAACCUCAAGAGAAUCAAAAUGAAGACAGCAUGAAUUACGCAGCCAUUAGCUUUGGUCAGAAACCUCUGAACACUAGAAGGACCAAAUCAAAGGUCAUUCAGGAGCAGUCUCUGUACGCUCAGGUCAGAUCACAGCAGUAACAUCCAGAGAGGGGCAUUUCACUUCGACACAAAUAUUUUCAUCAUGAGCUUAUAACAUCAAUUUAAUUCAAUUUGUCAGAAUAAUUUUGGUAACUUCUCCUACAUUUUAUGAGUUGACUGUCGUCCUCUGAAAAUUAAACCUAGAGUAUAGUCUGA